AUGGCCCGGUGGGCAGCUGCCGCGGCGUGUGCACUCGGGGCGGCGCUCCUGGGCAUGCUAGCGUUCUCGGUAUCCGGGCAGUCACCAGCGCCGCUGGCCACCGCGGACGGGGAAGGCGGCAACAGCAGGUUCACGUGCACGGACACCGAGAAGAAGCGGCCCGGGUGCACGGGCAUCUGCCCCGACAGGUGCCCCCAGAGCUGCAUCGCGCUCUGCCCCUCCUGCCAGACAUAUUGCCCUGACCAAGUGCAGCCAGUGCGGCCGGCGUUGUUCGUGUUCGGAGACGGGUCUUUGGACGUCGGCAACAACAACUACAUAGAACCCAACGAGGUAGGAGACCCUUGGAGAGCCAAUCACUCUUACUACGGCAUAGACUUCCCCAAAUCCGAGCCCACCGGAAGGUUCAGCAAUGGAUUCAACAUGGCCGACUUCAUCGCAAUGGCUAUGGGAUUCGAGAUGAGCCCUCCUGCUUAUAUGUCUCUUAAUAGUCCCCCAAAAAUUGAUGCCGGUUUCGCUGGAGUCAACUAUGCUUCCGCGACCGCUGGGAUUUGGAGAGACAGCGACGAUGGACUGAACAUUCCAUUGACAGACCAAAUAAAGUACUUCGCCACCACAAUAGAGAAGAUGGAGGCCAACCGUAGCCGGCAAGAGUUGAGCAAGAUGUUGUCCAAUUCCCUCUUCCUCAUCAGCAUCGGCACCAGUGACCUGAACUACAUGUACAACAUCAUGACCAGACCGGAGCCGGAUAACAAAACUGACAUCCCACACCUCAUAUCCUCCUACGGGGACAGCAUCACGGCCUUGUACAACUUGGGCGCGAGGAAGUUCGGGAUAAUCAACAUCCCGACCUUGUGCACGCCGAUGGGUUAUACGUGUGAUGACCUCAUGACCAGUCUCCCCAAGGACUUCAAUGACGGCAUCAAGCCGCUCAUGUCUGGCCUCGCCUCCAACCUCGAUGGCCUCCGUUACUCCGUCGCUGACUUCUAUGCCUUCUCAGAUGCAGUCAGCACAAAUCCGUCAGCAUACGGAUUUGUGAACACCGGAGCCUCAUGCUGCGAAGGCCCAUGUGCACCUAACUAUAGGCCACCAUGUGCCAACCGCAUGGAGUAUUGGUAUUGGGACACCGAGAACCCGACGGAGCAGGCCGCUAAGCUGGCCACAACUACAUUUCUUAAUGGCACAACCCAAUUUACAACGCCCAUGAACUUCAAGACGCUGAUCAACCAAAAAUGA